AUGUCUGCAACAAUCGUCGACCCUAAUAAUAUCAUAUCAUCAUCAAAUGGUAGCUCCCCUAAUCGAGAAAUUGUAUCUCCUUUGCCUUCAGGGCAUCUUGAGACUGGAACUCGAUUUUGGCAAUUUAAAGUUGAAGAAGGUUUAAUUACUUAUGUACGGUAUGGUAACAUCCGUCCUGAUGGUAAUCUCAUGGAACGUGCCAUACAUAUUCAACAACAUUCAAGUUACCUUGAUGCUAAAAAAUUCGUCGAAAACAUAGUCGACGAAAAAAUUAAAGCCGGUUAUGUUGGCAACAUUAGCUCUUUUAUUUUUUAA